GUGAUACUACGAGGGUGCGACUCAAGGGCUUGAGGCUGCGCGUGUGCUUGCUUGUCCGUGCGCAAGUGCAUGAAACGCACAUUCGGACACGUGGAUUCUCAAUCGGCUCGGAUGUUCCUGCUCCACUCUCCCCACUACUUACUUCCUCUUCCCAGAGGCCAGCAGGCAGACUUCCCGUUCCUAAAGAUCCGAAGCUUCGAUAGAGGGUUGGACACGUGUCAGCUAGCGAUGGCAUCCAGCGGACCCAUCUCGUUGACUCCGGCCGAGAGGCUCGCGUAUGCGCACCUCUUUGCCCUGGCCGACCCGCAAAACACGGGCAUGGUGCAGGGCUCAUCGGCCGUCAGCUUCUUUGCCCUUUCCAGCCUGCCCUCGCCCGUCUUGGGCACAAUCUGGGCCCUCGCUGACUCGGACAACAACGGCUUCCUCGGACCGGCCCAGUUCAGCGCGGCGCUCAGGCUCAUUGGCCAUGCGCAGAGCGGCGCCGUGGUGACGGAGGAGCUGCUCAGCAAGCCCGGUCCGCUGCCCAAAUUCAAAGGCAUCGCCAUCCCAGGCCAGCAGCAAGCUCCGAGCCGAUCUGGCUCCACCAUCACGCCCCAGACCACAGGAACCGGUGUCGGUGCAAACGCAGCGGCGGGCGCCAACGAGAUCAAGCCCGAAGAUCGCGCGAGGUACACGCGCAUCUUUGCCAGUGCCGGUCCUCAGAAUGGUCUUCUCGAUGGCGAAAAGGCAAAAGACAUCUUCGUCAAGUCGCAGCUGCCCUUCGACAAGCUCGGUGCGAUCUGGAACCUGGCCGACACAAAGGCAAGGGGCAAGCUCGACCUCACCGACUUUAUCGUGGGCAUGCACUUUAUCCAGUCGACGAUGAAUGGCUCCCUCUCGUCGAUUCCGGCUGCCCUCCCCGCGGACCUGUACGAGAAGGCGGCCGGCGCAGCGCCCGCUUCCAUCUCACCCACGCCAACCGGACUGCCUCCCUCGAGUCCGCUUCGCACGCAGAACACCGGCGGAUCCUCAACCUUUCUACCUCGUCAGAUGACUGGCGGCGGCUUUGCUGGCAUGCCAGGCAGCCCUCUCCGCUCUCCUCCUCCUCCCACAUCAGCAGCUGCUGCCGCUACGCCUCUGCAGGCCCAGCGAACAGGCGCUGGAGCAGGCGCGUGGGCCGUCUCGCCGGCAGACAAGGCUAAAGCGGACCGCUUCUUCGAUGGUCUCGACCAGGAGCACAAGGGCGUCCUCGAGGGCCAGGCUGCCGUUCCCUUCUUCAUGCAGAGCGGCCUUGGCGAGGCGACGCUGGCCCACAUCUGGGACCUGUCGGAUGUGACGCAGUCGGGAAGCCUCACCCGCGACGAGUUCGCCGUCGCCAUGCACCUCAUCAACCUCAAGCUGACGGGAAGCGACCUGCCUCAGGAGCUGCCCGCCAGCCUGGUCCCACCGGGCCUUCGCGGCACCAGCCUGCCGCAAGCCGUGAACCCGGCCGAGACGGACACGCAGAGAGACCUCUUUUCGCUCAUCGACGACGACGACGCGAACAACCUGCCCGUCUCCACGGCCUCUGCCUUUGCUACGCCUGCCUCCAAGGCCGUUGCCUCUACCCCCGCGCCGGCUGCCCCUGCCGCUGCCUCUGCUUUCAAAUCCGGUCCUUUCGACGACGACUUCUUGGCUACUAGCAGCAGCGAGCCGCAAGCCGCCAGCAGCGCUGUUGGCACCGCUGGGGCCGGCGCCAUGCCCAGUCGCUCUCUUGAUGCCGGCGCCGAGCUGGGCAACUCGCGCCUGGCCCUCGACAGCACCCAGCGCAGCCUCACGACGCUUGAGACGAAGCGCAGCGAGCUGCAAAAGAGCGUCGAAGACAACGACCAGAACAUCGGCGACAUCAAGGCGCGCCUCGAGAGCGUCAAGCUGCGCCACCAGACAGAGACCGAGGCCGUCAAGUCGCUCACGGAGCGCCAGGCCGCGCAGGCAGCCGAGCUCAGCGAGCUGCGCCAGACCUCGGUCCGCGACGAGUCGGAGCUGAGCAGGCUGCGCGGCGAAAAGGACGAGCUGGAGCAGGCGCUGAUGCGCGACCGCGAGGAGGUGCGCGAGAUGAAGAAGCAGGCCUCGGAGACGCAGCGCCAGCGAGACGCCCUCGCGGCCGAAGUCGAGAAGCUGCGCAAGGACGCGCGCAUGCAGAGGGGCCUCGUCGCCAUUGGAAAGAAGCAGCUCAGUCAGGCAGAGUCGGACAUGGAGAAGACGAGGCAGCAGCUCGAGGAGGUCAAGUCUGGCAAGUUCGAGCACGAGCCCGAGGCUGCUGCUGCUGCUGCUGCUGCUACUAGUGACACUACCACCACGGCCCCUGCCACGGCGAAGGAAGAGGCAGCGGGUGGUGCUGGGCCCGUCUCGAGGGAGGCAAGCAUCUCGUCGCCUGCGCACGCCCACCAGGCUGUCGCUAGUCCUGCUGCGAGUGUGCGCAGCACCAAUCCAUUCGACCGUCUCGGUGGUGGGGCUGGCGUGGCAGCAGGCGCAGGCGCAGGUGCAGCCGCUGUUGGCGCUGCGACGGUGGCGGGUGCUGCAGCCAUUCACCACCACGCAGUAGCAACGGACGAGAAGGAGGACGAAGAUCCGUUUGGCGUGUCCAAGCAGAGCUCGUCGCAGCAGACACCAGCACCGCCGGCUGCCGCGGCCUUUGACGACAACUUUGGCAACGACUUCCAGCCACAAGAGAGCAAUGCGUUUGCCGCUGCGCCAGCCCCAGCUCAGAGCAAUGUGAAUCAGGCGUUUGACGAUGCCUUUGCAGACCUCGACAAGGACGACGAAGUGGCGGCAAAGGACGAGGCUGGCCCUGUCGAGGUGGGACAGACGGACGCUACGCCGCAAGCAGAUGAAAGUCAUCCGACGACGACGACGACGGCUUUUGUCGAUGAGCGAUCGUCUACGACGGAGCCUGCCCAUGUCGCUGCUCCCACGGCCGAUGAGGUGACGAGCGAUGCAGAUGUGAUCAAGGUCGACAAGGGCAAGGCGGCAGUGAGGGACGCGGACGAGGACUCGUACGAAGACAGCUCCGAUGAAGAGGAAGGUCCCGAAGAUGUCGAUGGCGGUGCGCACACCACUGCCAGCAAAGCACCGACAUCGGAUGUGGCCGACAACGAGGAUACAGCAGCAGCAGCAGCAGCGGCAGCCGUCGGUGGAGUGGCGGCAGGAGGACUGGCUGCCUCUGCGCUCCCUAGCGCCACAACGACGACGCAGGCAGCCGACCGGUUCCCUGAGAUCAAUGAUGAUGAUCUGGAACCUGCCACCGAUGCGACUGAAACGCUCGCUCCACCGUCCUCUCACCUCGACACAUCUUCUGCGCCUGGCCCAGUGCCGCUCUCGGCCCAGGCAACAGGCGACACCGACGCCGCAUUCCACGACGCACCCACGGGCGAGACGCCAUCGACGGCUGACUUUGGCACCGUGGGCAUGGGUCACGCAGCCCAGGCUUUGUCUGCGUCUGCGCUGAGCCCAGCUCACGAGCGCUUCACAACUGCCGUCGACGACUCGACUGCAAGUCCGGCAACAAAGACUCGGCGUGCGCCUCCCCCUGCACCAUCGCGUGGCAGCACCCUCAGCACCACUUCUGCCGCUCUUUCCCCCCUGGCGACCUCUGUAGCUCCCGGGCCUGUGCCUGCGCCUGCCCUCGCAACCUCAACUGCACCUGACGCGGCACCGGCUUCCACCUUGGACGACUUCGAUGCUGCUUUUGAGGAUCUGGGCCCCGCAACGAGCACCGUCGGUGGCACCGCCCCAAUCAGCGCUUCGGCGGCGCCAGGUGCCAGCGCCAAUGGCGGCAGCACCAGCUUCGACGACGCCUUUGGCAACGGCGAUGCAGACGACUUUGACUUUGUCCCCAAGUUCCAGCAGCCGCCUUCGUCGGCCUUUGGCUCUCAUCAGGCGCAGGGCAGCAGCGCCAAUGACGCCUUUGACCAAGCCUUUGGCACCUCGUCGGCCCCUCAGUCUGGCGGUUUUGACGGUUUUGACGGUGCAUUUGCUCCGCCGACUGCUUCGUCACAGCCGCCCCAGCCUCCGCCAAGGCAGCAGCCACAGCAGCACCCGUCGGCCACUGCGUCGCAGGGCUCGGCGUUCAGCUUCGAAGACGCAUUCGCACCAGCCAGCACGCCUCCCUCCUUGACCAUGCCUGGUGGCGCCUCGGCCGCUCCUGUGGCCAGCAACAAUGCAUCGGCGGCUACCAAGGCCACGACGCCUGCGCUCGCUGACGAUGCAGGGCCUGUCAAGCAGCUCUGUGGCAUGGGUUUCAGCCGGGAGAGCGUCAUCAAAGCGCUCGAAAAGUCAAACUACCGGACCGAGAAGGCCCUUGAGCGCCUCUUGGCCCAGACUGCGUAGAUCAUUGUCCCUUGCUACCUGGCUAAUUAGGUGUUGCUGCUCUGUAGUCGUUACCUUUUCCCUUUGACUUGUCUACACCUGUCUCUUGUGUUCUUUUCUUUUUUCUUCUAAACGAGGAGCAUGAAAUCAAUAGUCCUAGAAGUGCC